AUGGUCCCCUACUCUACCCUCGCGGAAGACUCGUCUCAAGUUUCAAGCUCUACCAAAAAACUUCGUCUAGCCUGUGACGUAUGCCACAGCGCGAAGACGAGGUGUUGUGGCAGCAACCCAUGUGCAAGGUGCGUGCGUUGUGGCACGCAGUGUGUGUACAGCCAGUCAAAUCGAGCGGGCCGACCAAAGGGAACACGAAACAAGAAGAGUGUUGAUAAUUCCAAAAUUGACAGCGAUCAUCGCGACUCUAGCAGUCCCCAGCAACAAGAGCAGCACCGUCAACAGGAGUCGCAGCAGCCGCCAACUCGUAACCGCCUCAAUCGAAGUAGCAGCUCCUCUUCAGGCACUGGAAACCCAGCUUCUAACAUCCCGUCGUCAAUACCAUCUUUCACAGUACCCUCCUUCUCACCACCACUAGAGCACUCACAACCGCAUUUACACCAACAGAAAUAUGUCAACAACAUGGUAUUCGACUUCAAUCCAAGCGGUGACUUCUCAGACCAGGCUAACGCCAUGCUGCAUUCAUCUCUGCCAGCUCAAAGUCAUUUCUCCUUUCCCAUGGUUCCAAAUGACAUGAAUGUUGACGCGGCGGAAAUUCAAAUGGCGUUUGACAUGGAAUUUAACGUGGACGAGAUGCAGCACGGAUGCAACAUUCCCAACUUGUCCGAAAACUUCACCAUUACGCGUCACAAUACUGGCGCCUCUGGAACCUCCAUGACUGAGAUUUUAAGAGAUUCUGUUCUGCAGUCAUUUGAACAGGAGGACAUUCCUUAUUCCCAGCCUCAACACGUUUAUUCAGAACCAUUAUCAAAGAGUUCGACAAACAGCCACAGUAACGGCAACAGUAGCGGAGGUAGUGGAAGUCCGUCUAUGCUGCAUCCACGAGAUCCUAUCGACGCAUACUGUUCCAAGGGAGCACAACCAAACUCAGCCGCGUCGUCGAAUUCAAACCCCGACAAUAUCUCGUUGACCGAACUAAGAUGCCAAUGCCUCCAACGCCACGUACAGUUUCUAGCUCAUCUACAAGAACUCUUAAACGAAUUUCACCGAUUACCCCUUGACGUGGUCUUGAACGGCGUCGACCAAGGACUGAAAGUAUGGGACCUUUGCCUCCAGUGUCGGAUGUGUCAACAAGACCGCAAUCGGGAGGUGAUGUUGCUGACGGUCACAAGCAUCCGAGCCGUCGCCCGGAUAUUACAAAAAGCUUCCCAACGCAUCUUCACUCAGUCCCAAUUCGAUGAUGGCGACCAACAUAUUAGCUGCAGCGACGGUAGUGAGUCAGGUGUAGAGGUCGAAAGGCAAAGACUGGGCAAAUUCACAUUUGGCAGUUAUGAGAUCAAAGGUGAAGAGAGCUGGCUAGUAGUUGGCGUGAUCUUGACGAGAAUGCUGGCCAAGAUUCAAAUUGUGCUAGUAUCGUUCAAGAAGUCUUUGAACUCACCUCACUCCCACACGGCAAGCAGUCAUCGAGGGGACAACAGUGCGGAAUAUCUGCACAAGCUAUUGGAAGGGUUACAGGCAAACGUACAUGCGCUCUCUGCCAACUUGAUGAGUGGUACAUAUGAUAGACUUGGAUAG